UCUACGGAGUGUUUACAAAACAAACUUACGAGCGAUAGUUGUUCCAAAAUGAGUUUAGCCACAUAACAGCUAACAAUACAGCGACUCCCAGCGAGAAUUAAGGUCAGCAUCAAGCACUAGCCUGGUGUUGAUGGUGACUGCCUCCUCAGGACCGGAUCUUUCGUACCAAAAAGAGAAGAGGAGGCAAAAUGCUCAAAGUACCACAAGAUGAGACUCAAAAAGGUUCAUAUUCAGAUCAGGUGGAUUCUCCUGACCUGUCUGCUAUAGAGAGAGCGAGCUUCCUGGAGGGACUGCAGCUUUGUCAUGAUAACCCUCUGCACAGUACCGCCAUGGAGGAAGAUUUGAACGUCUUACAGGAAGGACAGAUGAACAAAGGAAAAGCUGGGAGAAAAAAAGACAUUGCUCAGACAUUGAAGCCUACUGUUAAACAGCAUGGAGCUGCUGUGAAGAGGAAGGAGAUGGAGAGGGACGAAGAGAAUGAGAAGAAGAGGGGUAGGAGAAGUACUGGAGAGAAGGUCAAAGCCAGGCCUGACGAGGAAGGAGAAACAAAGAACAAGAAGGGGGCACCUGAGGGGAAAAGAGGAGAGUUAGAUGUGGAGAGGAAGAAGUCGGACCCAAGCGCCAUUCUCCUGAAAAGCAACCAGCCUACGACAACAGCCAACAGGCUCAAACAUUUGGUUGGGAAGAAACCUGCCAAGAGGAGGAGUGCUGGACAGACGUCUGCAGUCAGGCCAGAGAAAAAUCAGCAGAACAAAAAAGGCAAGAAGAGAGAGAGUGAAUCAGAAAGUGGGAUGUCCAGUGACUCUCAGUCACAGGAGGAAUCUGAUACUGGCACCACCCAGCAGAAACGCAAGAAAGUCCUGUCAUCUGAUGAGGAGAUGGUGGACGAGGACGUGAGUUCGAAUCCGAGUCCAAAGAAGGCCAAGGUGUAUAAUUUGGGCAAGACCAGAAAGUCUUCAUCAGGCAGUGCAUCUGCAGAAGCAGAGAGGACCAACGCUGAUACACAGAGGAGGAAGAAACGUGGUCGUCAGGGAGAAACAGAGCUUGAGGUGGUUCUGGAUUCCUUCCUUGACUUCUGUCACCAGUACAGGGAGUCUGUGGAGUCUAAAGCAGUCAAACAGUCUAUUGAUUCUUUCUCCUCCAAUGUGGAACAGCAACUCUUGGAAAAGAUCUCUUCUUACAAGGAGCUCAGGGUUCUGAAAAGAGAAAAUGCCAAGGUGGGGUCUUUGAUCCAUACAAAGACUCAGAGACUGUUCGAUGCUAAAUAUGAGCUGAUGAGGGCAGAGAGGCAGGCAUGGUUGCUGCAAAAGGAGAAAGCUGAACUUAAAGUCAGAUUAGCUGAUCUGAGACGAGGCCAAGCCUUUCUGCAUGACAUCAGUGAGCUCAACAGACGAUACCUGGAAUUCCGACACAAGCAUCCUGAAGAGAAAGAGAGGUAUGGGGCGUCCAGCUUGCCAGCUCUGCUGUUGGAGACCAAACAUGUUCAGGCAGCAGCAGUGCAUCAGCUGGGAGGAAUAACAGACCAGAAAAAAGACUGAAGAAGAAUGGGACUCAGAAAUAACGCCACACACACAUGCAGACGUUCAAAGAGUAUAUAUUAUGAGCAAUAGUAAGGAUGCUGCAAAGUUUUAAGUCCUUAAUACAGAAAGCUGCUUAACAUUUUGGAUUGUAUGUUGUGGUUCAAAUCUCAAUGUGUAUACUGCUCAAAUCCUGUUCAUCCUGGAUCAAUACUGGGUGAAUACAAUAAAGUAAUCAUUAUAAUAAA